UUGGUUGUUUUACCAGUGCUGUAACGUCUGAGUUUGAGUUCACACGAGAAAUAAAGCGGUUACAAUAGUAAUAAUUCGACGUUGAGGGCUUAUUUAUCUGCUACCUGGCCUGUGGUUCUGGGUGGCUAUCUUGCUAAGUUGCUUCGAAGACUUAAGUGACAUUUACGUUAAUUCAUUCAUCCAUAACAAUGGCAGCGCAGGAUUUUAAUUUCUUGCUUGCGACGGAUUCUUACAAGAUCACACACUACAAACAGUAUCCUCCAGAUGUCAGCAAAAUCUACUCCUACUUUGAAUGCAGACGCAAGAAAGGCUCCCAGUUUAGUGAAGUGGUGUUCUUUGGUCUUCAGUAUCUGCUGAAGAAGUACCUCACAGGCCAAGUGGUCACAGAGGAGAAGAUUCAGGAAGCCAAACUCUUCUACCAGAUGCACUUCAAACAGGCUGUGUUUGAUGAAGAAGGCUGGAGGAAAGUCCUGGAGAAACAUGAUGGUCGUCUUCCUAUCCGGAUCAAAGCCGUCCCUGAGGGCAGGAUCAUACCAAGAGGCAAUGUGCUCUUCACUGUGGAAAACACAGAUCCCAACUUCUACUGGCUCACCAACUACAUCGAGACCAUGCUGGUGCAGAUGUGGUAUCCCAUCACCGUAGCCACCAUAUCCAGGGAAUUUAAGAAGAUUCUGGCCAAGCAUCUGAAGGCCACCUCGGGGAGCCUGGAAGGCCUGGACCUGAAACUGCAUGACUUUGGCUAUAGAGGAGUCUCCUCACAGGAGUCUGCAGCAUUAGGUGGAGCAGCUCACCUGGUUAAUUUCUGCAGUACAGACACAGUAGCUGGGCUGCUGAUGGCUCAGCGAUACUAUGGCUGCCCAAUGGCUGGCUUCUCCAUUCCAGCAGCAGAGCACAGUACCAUCAUCUCUUGGGGGAGGAGCAGGGAGAAGGAGGCAUUUGAGCGACUCCUGGACCAGUUCUCCUCAGGGCCGGUGUCAGUGGUCAGUGACAGCUACGACAUCUUUAAUGCCUGUAAACACAUCUGGGGAGAAAAGCUGAAAGAGCGAGUCAUGGAACGCAGCCAGGACUCAUGCCUGGUCAUCCGGCCGGACUCUGGGGACCCAGCAGAGACUCUUAUUGAGGUCAUCAAGAUUUUGGAGGACUGUUUUGGCUGUUCGAUGAAUUCUCUGGGAUACAAGGUUCUGCCCUCUUACCUGCGAAUUAUUCAAGGAGACGGCAUUGACCUCAACUCAAUAGACGAGAUUCUUGAGAAGGUGAGUGAUGAAGGCUGGAGUGCUGAGAACGUCUUCUUUGGUUGCGGCAGCGCUUUGCUUCAGAAACUCAACAGAGAUACACUCAGCUGUGCCUUCAAGUGCAGCUAUGUGGAGAGUAAUGGCAAGGGGAUGGACGUGUACAAGCAGCCGGUGACCGACCCAUCCAAAGGGUCAAAGAGGGGUCGAUUAUCACUGAGGAGAAACUCUAAUGGCUUCUUAGAGACAAUAGAGAGAGGGGCAGGCAAGCCUGAGGAGGACCUGCUGGUGACUGUCUUUGAGAAUGGAAGCCUGGUGAAGGACUACUCCCUGGAGGAGAUCAGGAAGAACGCUCGGCUAAGGGACGAGGAGGUGAACACCAUCCCGCACAACCAUGAACAGGAGCUGCUGCACAAUCACAUUAUCAACGGGAUUCAUUAGGUCAAAGCCUCUCAUAAUGCAUAGGAUAAUUCAGUGUUUAACAGGGUGUACUGCAAUGAAGACUGCUGUGGAGAGUGAAAAGCUGUGUCUUACAGCACUCACCACCAAGCACUCCCACCUGCACUUCAUCCUAAGGAGAUCAGUGGUAACAUUGUUUUCAGGUAGAUCAACUUCAUUCCCUUUUUCCUCUGGCCAGACACUCCACACAGUGAACGGUGUGGGCAGACAGCUACACUGCCCUGUCACAGCCAUGGCCAGAACUCAAGCUCAGGGUCAAAUAUGAUAAGCUAAGUUAAUCCAUGAAGGAAAGGAAAAAACUUAAAGAUACAUUUCCUGAGUUUGGGGCUGCUACAACAAAUUUAAGAUGUGCAUCUUUAAAUAUAUUUUCAGAAUAUGCAGUUUCUGAGAAUUUUCAGGCCAAAAAUGUGCUAAAACUUCCAAAUGUCUAUGAAGAUUCUCAGUUAUCCAGGUCAUAGUUAUCCAACAAAGGUUAAAAUCAAGGGCAACUGGACUUGUUGCCCUUGAUUUUUAUCUUUUAUUAUUUUUAACAGUAUUACUGAUAGUAAUAGUGCUACAUCAUCAGGUAUGGGUGACACUGAGUGCUUGAUAUACAAUAUUUAAUUUAACGUCAGUGUCAGCCUCAAAUAUCAGCAGAAGAGUGUUUUCGCCAGGCCAACAUUCUGCCCUUUAGUUUGGUGUACAGUUAAUACACAAAGAGAUGACAACACUGACCAGCUGUGCAAAAUAAGUGAAGAGGGCUGCGCUGCACUGCCACAGUGUGGACAUAAAAACAAAGUCAACAAAGUCAACAAAGCCAUACCCGUUCUGUUUCACUGGUCCACAAAGCACACUCUAUGGAACCCAAAGUGUUUAAUAUAAAGUACAUUUAAAAAAGACAUAAUGAAAUACAUAAUCAUAAGAAUAAAUUGUGUAAGAUAUAAUAAUGAACCAAAAAAUCAUUGAAUCACAAAUAUUAGUGAAAUUUAUUGAAACUCAUUAUUCUGAAAUGUCAUUUCAUCAUUCAUUUUCAUAACUGAAUUUUAUUGGAUAUCAUUUUUAUUUCAUUGUAGACAUUCUUAUUUCAAAUGCCCUUUUUCAAAAGUCUGCUUUUAGUUCGUAAUGUCUUUCCAUGACAGUGGCAUUGUCAACAGUCACCGCCCUUUAUCUUUCAGCCAAUCACCUACCUCCCUGCCUGCUACCACAUGUAGCCAGCGAGCUCAACGCCUGCUACCACAUGUAGCCAGCGAGCUCAACGCCUGCUACCACAUGUAGCCAGCGAGCUCCUGUUAGCUGGAGCAACAACAAUGCCAAUUCUGUAUCAUACAGCUAGAGACUGCUGCUGUAAAGAAACAGACACUUAAGCCAAGGGCAUUUUUUAAUGAAAAUAAAAAUGAUGCGGUUAUUUUACUUUAUACUUUAUUUACUUUAUAAUUAUUAAUAAAUUAGUAUUAAUAAUGUCAUGUUUCAUGAAUUAGAAAUUAUAUAUUUGACACAGUUUGUUCAUAUAACAAUUUAUUUUAUAAGUACUUAAUUAGGUCGUAGUAAAUAUUAUUUAGUACAUAUUUAAUAUUUAACACUUUGGGGAGAGUCCUUUUCAUGUGUAGAGACAUAAAGGUAUUUGAAGACAGUUAUUGAUAGUAGUAACACACUCUGUUGGAGGUGUUUUUUGACCUUUUGGGUUGGUUUCAGUGGCUCUGCUGUAAGACACACUGUAAAGGCACAUUUCACUACUCUCAUCUGCUUGCACAGAAUUGACGUAUCUGUCACUUGUGAUUUCAGUCUGUUUUUAAAAAGGUGGCACAUUAAUUCAGUACAAUUGUUUAUUGUCUCUCCAUGUUAUGACAUUAUGAUCUAGAUAAGUGACUAGUGUAAAGUGUAAAUUUAAUUUAGGCCUGUUAUUGUGCACUACUGAACUUACUGCCUUAUGUAGUAAAAUAUACUGGAUGUUGGAUAUGAUUUGAUAUUUGCAAACUGGAUUGGGGAAACGCCUAUGUGGGUCAUCCCUAGAUGAAAUAAUACAAAUACAUGCUGGUAGGGUAAACAGGUUUGAUCAGUUGGCAAAUGAACUAAUGGACAUGAAGCGAAACAUUCUACAGAUUCGGUCAGUCUCUGAUGUCCACUGCAUUUCUCCUGUUAUUUUAUGAUGAAGUUUAAGUCUUUAAAUGCCAAUGUUUCCUUAACUUGCCUUGUCUACUUGACUUGGAAGUAUUUUAUUUCCCAAAAUGCCUGUCAACAGCUUCUACACUAGGAGCAUUAUUACUUCAGAUCAAAGAGGCGCAAAUAGUUUUGCAGACCCAUUAAAAAUAAAUAAACCCAUGUAUCUCCAUGCAGACUGCAUUUUUGACAAGUAUUCAGACUGAUGCAAUGAGUAUAAAUGUGUCAUCUGAUUACCUGCCUUAACCAACCUACUGUGUGAUGUAAAAUAUUCAAACACUGUGCUCCUUGCUAUUGUAUUGGGGAGGUAGCAACGUAGAAAAUGCUGCCUAUUUUUACAGCAACAAGUCAGUUCUGUCAGUGACAACAGAUGCAAGUGAGCUACAGAAGGUGCUGACAAAUGAAAGAGGAAGAAGUACUCAUUUAUGUUUUGAGGGGUUGAACUUUAAAAUAACCUAUAGGCCUGGUUUUUAGAUGAAUUCUAUCUUUUGAGAAAAGCUGCUAUAAUGCUGUUUUUUUAAUUCAUCGAACACAUACUCCAAAAAUACUGCUGCUUUCUUUGGCUGUUAAUUGUAAGUGUUGAUCCUUCCUACUCUCUUUUCAUGCCCUUUUAUUUUCUGUUAACAUAUGGGUCUUAUUUUUAUAUUCAGCAACAAAUUCCACAAUAAUCAGUUGUGUUCAGUUUCAGACUGCAAGCCAAAGCCUGUUUAUAUUUGAUUUUAUUGCUGAUGGCUGGUCUAUACGGAUUAGUGAUAUUAAUGAAGUAGAGUAGUGACGCAGUUUGCCGCCAACACUGUGACACAGUUUGCCACCAACACUGGACCACACAUGGUUUACCUCUUGUGUAGUACCAGCACUAAUGCUGUAUAUAAUAAUAUUUUGUAAAUAUUCAUUUUAAAAUGAUUUCAUUCUAACUGAUCUGUUCCUUUUUAAAUGUUCUGUAUCGGGUUUUUUUGGGGGGGUGUUUUUUUGGGGCUUGUUUUAAAAUCUGACCUUUUGUAAGAUUAAAAAUGACCUUCAACACUUUCACAUGGGGUGAGUUACUUUGCUAAACUGAAAACAUGCCAAGUUGUCCGGAACACUAGAAAGAUAAACUGUUAUUUUACUGAGUGACCAGAAAAUAGAACCCAUGUAUUUUAACACACUGGAGGUGAGCAACUCAGCCUCAGAGGCAAAACACUCGUUCUUGGAAUGCUAAGUACACCUUCAGAUUCUGCUACAAUCCUCCAUCCCUGCAUUUUUUUUCAACAUGCAGUAGGGAUGGCGAGCACAGUGGUUAGCACUGUUUCAAUUUAAGCAUGAAUGAGCUAAACAUCCAGGAGCGAGUUCUUCAUCCUGGGUGCUUUCCUAACCACUUUUCUUUGACCUCGAAGAAAAACAUCACAGGGUCAAGGACAGAUGUGAAGGAGAAUUUAUAAGGACUUAGGAAAAGACAACCGUGGUGGUCAGAGAAUCCGACUGCACUUACUCUAGGCUUCAAAUAAAAUAAGAUUUGGUAAUAAAGGGGGUUUUCAGUGUAUACAUAAGGUACAAUUUACCAUCAGUUAACUCUAACUUCAGCUGUUCCAUAAACUCGCACUUUACCUGAAAUCCAAUCAUUAUAUAACACUAGUUGUCAUCCUUCAUUUUGGGUCUCUUCUUUUUAACAAAUGUUGGAUACUUUCAAGUAGCCAUUUGUUUUAAAUUUUAUAUUAUUUUAAUAUUUAUGUUGUAUUGAAAUAAAGCCAUUCACUGAGACCACUGAUAAAUUUAAGUAUAUUCAUCAUGAUCAUGAGUCAAUGCAGUUUGAAGACCUUCAUUAUUUCAGUUUGGUGCUUAUAUGUGGCACAUUUUUAAAUGAACGUGUUUAAUCAAAUCACCACACACACUCUUGGUGGCUUUUUUUCCCCUAAAGACACAGAAGAACAUAUGGUGAGAUGAUGUGAUCUGCUGGUCUGCUGGUCCCAGUCUGAACGCUCACUCUUUAUCAAUACUGUCUGAAUGCAGUCUGACUAAAGUUGAAAAAUAAACCUACAUUUUAUAACCUA